AUGACUGUUUCAGAUAAAGACUUUGGUUUUGGUCGUUUCAUGGGUAAACAUGGUAUGGGUUUGCGCAACGAUAUGGGAGAAAACUUGUUGGACUUGUUAUCAGAAUUUGACCUCUUUGCCUCCAACACUGGUUUUUAUCAUCCUGCCCGACAUACGACCACCUACACUGGCUGGAGGAAGGACUGGAGUGCCGGGCGAAAUAGUAAAAAGACGAUCCCGGUCUAUUCUCAGAUCGAUUUCAUCCUGUGUCGAAGUAGGUCGAAGCCAAUGCUACAAGAUUCUAGAUCUUAUGCAGGCACCUUGACAUACUCUGAUCACAGAUUUGUUGUCACUAGAGUAGAUUUUAAGGACAUCUGUCUUUGCUAUAAACGCCACUCCAAGUCAUCCUUAAAGUUCAACACCUCUGAACUCACCUCGAACCCCACCAUUCAGGUGAAAUAUCGUCAAUCCUUAGAUGAUAACUUAAGUAACACUGUUUCUGCUCUGGAUCCAAAUUCAGACUUGAAUGGCUUACUUGAGUCCAUAAAGGAUGCUGCAAAAUCGUCAAUAGGUGUCAUCAGACACAGGAAACGUAAUUGCAGCGACGAUGAUGAGGUGAAAAACUUAUCUAGCCAGCGUUACUUAUUGAGACAGCAGCUUAAUGAUAACCAGUCUUUAGACAGAACCUCACUUAGAUCAUCUAUUAACUGCCUCACCAAUCAGAUCAAGCAGAGACUUUCUAACAUACGAUCAGCUGCUGCUGAUGCUAUCUGUAAUACCAUCAGAUCAACAACAGAUAGUAAGAAAAUGUUUGAAGCUGUUCGAACCCUGAACUUACCUAAAAGUAAAGCCCCUUCUAGUAUUGGUGUUCAUGAUGAGCAAGGGUGCAAUAUUGCAACAGACACUGGUAAAGCUGCCGUAGUUGCUAAGUACCUUGAGCAACAACUUACUCGUGAUGAAGCACCUUUAGAACCUUUUGUAGGACCUCCUCGCCCACUAGUUAAGCCAUUCACUAGUGAAGAAAUCGGAUCAGCUGCUAGAAGUCUCAAAAAUGGUCGAGCUAACGGCCCAGAUGGGAUUCCUAAUGAGCUUCUCAAGUAUUCUACUGGAUCAGUACACAGACGUUUUGCAGACAUUAUCAAUAGAAGCUUCGAGACCAAUUCCUACCUUGACCCCAUUGGACAGGCAAAUAUUACCCCCUUACAGAAGCCAAAUAAGCCCAUUGGUCCAGUGAAGAAUCUACGACCCCUCACUCUCUCAAAUGCUGUUAGAAAGAUUCUUUCAAUGGCAACCUUGAAGAGAAUUGAGAAUAAAGUCAAUGCCUUCACUGGUCCAUGGCAAUGUGCUUACAAGCAGGGUAGAUCAUGUGCUGACAUUGUAUGGUGCCAGCGUGUGAUGUUAUCAGUUGUCCAGAGGAAGAGGUGGGAAUACCAUCGCAUGGGGAUCGACAUGUCUAGUGCCUUUGACACUAUACGACGAUCUACCAUCCUCGAUCUUCUUGUUGAGUGUGGCUGUGAUGAUGACGAAGUCCGUUUGGUAAGACUUUUGCUUUCCAACACCAAGCUCAAAGUCAACAUCUACGGUACACUGUCUGCUGAAUUCCAGAGUUUUCUCGGUGCAUUCCAAGGUGACUGUCUGUCUGGAUGCUUGUUCACACUUGUCUUAGCGGGUGCCUUGCGUGACCUCCGUAACAGGCUUGAAACUGCAACGAAUAGGCCUAACCCACCUAUCACCGAUAUUGGUCUUCCACUUGACAGUGAGUAUGCUGAUGAUAUCGACUUCAAUGAUGAAGAUGAAGACAAUCUGAGGGAGCUGUUGCCUAUUGCAACAGAAGUCCUUAAAGAUUGGAAUCUCUUCGUUAACGAUGACAAAACUGAUUUCACUCAUGUGUACUUAGCUGAAAAGGGAGCUAAAGACGAUCAGGGUAAGCCAAUUGCAGGGAACGAGCUCUGGAGAAAGAGUAUCACGCUUGGCUCCAUGCUUUGUAGUAAGGAGGACAUCUCUAGAAGGAUAUGUCUGGGAUAUGCCGCGUUUAACAAAUACAAGAAAGCUUGGAACCAAAAGAUCCCUCUGAGCAAGAGGCUUCUGUUGUAUGAGGCUCUGGUAGUAUCCGUUUUAAUGUAUAAUUCAUCUUGCUGGGCUGCCCCUAAAUCAGUAUUGGAAAAACUAGAUAUUGCUCACAGACGUCAUCUGCGAUCAAAUUUGAAUUACAAAUACCCUCACAUCAUCUCCAACAAGAACUUGUAUAAACGCUGCAAUAGCGAACCAUUGUCAGCUAAAGUGGCUCGUAGUCGGUGGAGGAUGCUCGGACAUGGCUGGGCCAUCUGUAGGCUGGGCCUACAGAUGGCCCAGCCUAUUCGUCGCUUGUUUUUGCUGUCAACACCUUACAGCUUCAAGGGCGGCGUGGAAGACCGCAGUCAAACCUUUUCUCACUGA